CCUAGCCACAACUCACAACACACAACACACAACACAACACUUGUCUUCACUCAAAACAUGGCAACUCAAUUAACAUUCCCCAACUGGCUGGCAACCGCCGCCACAUGUUUGGCAAGCUUGGCCGUCCUCCUCCUGAUUCUCCGGCGCCUCAGCCGCCGCAGAUACAACUUGCCACCGGGCCCAAAGCCCUGGCCCAUCAUAGGCAACCUGAACCUGAUAGGAUCCCUCCCGCACCGCUCCAUCGACUCCCUCAGCAAAAAAUACGGGCCCCUCAUGCACGUGUGGUUCGGGUCCAACCCAAUCGUGGUUGGGUCCUCGGUGGAAAUGGCAAAGGCCAUCCUGAAAACCCACGACGUCAGCCUCGCGGGCAGGCCCAGAUUCUCGGCAGGCAAAUACACGACCUACAACUACUCGGACAUAACGUGGUCCCAAUACGGCCCAUACUGGCGGCAGGCCCGUAGAAUGUGCCUGAUGGAGCUUUUCAGCGCGAAACGGUUGGAGGAGUACGAGUACAUUAGAAAAGAGGAGCUACGCGCUGUUCUCAACGAACUCUUCCACUCCGCCAACAGAACCGUUCUGUUGAAGGACCACCUUUCCAACCUUAGCCUCAACGUCAUAAGCCGCAUGGUGUUGGGGAAGAAGUACCUCCAAAAAUCCGAAAACGCCAUCGUUUCCCCCGAGGACUUUAAGAAGAUGCUUGAUGAGUUGUUUUUGCUUAACGGGGUUUUGAACAUUGGGGACUUCAUUCCCUGUAUAAAUUUCUUGGACGUUCAGGGCUACAUCAAGAGGAUGAAGGCUUUGAGCAAGAAGUUUGAUCGUUUUAUGGAGCAUGUGUUGGAUGAACACAUUGAGAGGAAGAAAGGGGUCAAGGAUUACGUGGCCAAAGACAUGGUGGACGUGCUUCUUCACCUUGCCGAGGAUCCCACUCUCGAGGUCAAGCUCGAGAGGCAUGGGGUCAAGGCUUUUACACAGGACCUGAUAGCGGGUGGGACAGAGAGUUCAGCUGUAACAGUGGAAUGGGCAAUCUCUGAGCUAUUAAGAAGGCCAGAGAUUUUCAAGAAAGCAACAGAUGAGUUAGACAGAGUAAUAGGGAGAGAGAGAUGGGUUGAAGAGAAGGACAUUGUGAAUUUGCCUUACAUCAAUGCCAUAGCGAAGGAAGCAAUGAGGCUGCACCCUGUGGCACCAAUGUUGGUGCCAAGGCUAGCCAGGGAGGACUGCCAAGUUGGAGGCUAUGACAUCCCCAAAGGCACCCAAGUGCUUGUGCAUGUGUGGAGUAUUGGAAGAGACCCUACAAUCUGGGACAACCCUGAAGAGUUCCAACCAGAGAGGUUUCUUGGUAAGGAGAUUGAUGUGAGAGGGCAUGACUACGAGUUGUUGCCAUUUGGUGCUGGCAGAAGGAUGUGCCCUGGCUACCCUCUUGGCCUUAAGGUCAUUCAGUCAAGUUUGGCCAACCUUUUGCAUGGUUUUAACUGGAGAUUGCCUCAUGGUGUUAAAAGUGAGGAGUUGGAUAUGGAUGAGAUUUUUGGCUUGUCUACACCUAAGAAGAUACCUUUGGAGACUGUUGUCCAGCCUAGACUUCCACAUCAUCUUUAUUCCCUCUGAGUAGUGUGUGCCUUUCUCUCUAAUAAGAUUGUAGGAAUAAUUACUUGGAAUGUCAUCAUGCUUGACGGCUAGAUUUUUCUUUUUCUUUUUGUUGCAAUAAUGAGAUAAAAAAAGAAAAAAAGAAAAUAAGAUUUGUGAUGUUAGAGACUCAUGGUAAUAAGUGUAAUGGCAACUGUGAAAGUGAAGGUUUCUGUCAAAUUUAAGUAUCGUAACUGUUUUCCUUA